AACAAUGUGACACGACGGCUACUAAAUCAAAUCAACAAAGGAAGACUCCAGAGCAACCACAUGUUAGUCCCGAGACCGAGGACCUAUGUAGACAAGGUCCAUAUAAUUUUGGACUUUAAAGCUUCUGCAAGCACAGUAUACACCUCACAGAGACCGAACUUUUGAACAGAAAAACGAAAAACAGAAAUGGGUGAAGCAAUCAUUGGGGCUGCUGUGCAAGUUUUGGUGGAGAAACUGAUCGUUGUUGCUACUGCAGACAUUCGCACCAUCUUCGGACUCAAGAAUGAGCUGACGCGCCUCAGGGAUUCAUUCACCAUGAUUCAGGCGUUCUUGCACGACGCCUCCAUGCGCCAAGUGGAGGAAGAAUCUGUCACAGUGUGGCUCAAGAAACUAGAAGAUGUUGCCUACGAAGCUGACAACUUGUUGGAUGAGUUCAAUUAUCAAAUCAUUCGUCGAAAGGUAGAGAUGAGAAACCGAAAGGUAUGCUGCUUCUUCUGCUUCACCAUUCCUUUGUUGUUUCGUUUAAAAAUGGAGCGUCAGAUCAAGUACGUCAAUAUGAAGUUGGAAGUGGUUAAUAGAGAUGCUAAUACCUAUAACCUUCAUAGGAGAGUUGCAGAUUGUCCUAUAUUUCUUCCUCCAGUAGUCGAAACUAAUUCCAUGGCUGUUGACCCAAUCUUCCUUGGUAGAAAAGAUGAUGCUUCUAUGAUAAUCAAUAUGCUAGUUAAUCCAAGCGAUGAUGUUGUCUCCGUCGUUCCCAUUGUGGGGAUGGGAGGUAUAGGAAAGACAACUUUAGCUCGAUCCAUCUUCAAUGACCAGCAAAUACAGCAACGUUUCAAUGCAAAGGCUUGGGCUUGUGUAUCUGGAUAUUCUGGUUCCAUCACAAGUAUUUUUAAGAGAAUACUUGAAUCUUUAAUCAACAAUGGUGGCAUGUUAAUAAGCGACGAAGCUAUCCUUAAGAAUCUUAAAGAGGAAUUGAAUGGUAAGCGAUAUUUACUUGUUCUUGAUGAUUUGUGGAAUGUUGAACGGAAGUAUUGGGAAGAUUUUAAAAGCUCUCUUCUUGGAAUCAACUCGAACAAAGGAAAUUUCAUCAUUGUGACUACCCGUAGCAAAGAUGUGGGAGAAGUUGUGAACCCAACGUAUCAACAUUCUUUGCGUGAAUUGUCUAGUGAUGAUUGUUGGGACAUAAUUAAGAUGAGAGCUUUUGCUAAUCAAGCGGAAGUUUCUGAACAUUUGGAAAAUAUUGGAAGGAAGAUUGCUAGUAGAUGUGGAGGUCUUCCACUAGCAGCAAACAUGAUAGCUGGAACUUUACAAGGAAAGAUAAUAGAUGAUUGGAUCGCAGUUCUACAAAAUGGAUUUUCAUAUUCCAAUGAAGACGCAAGUGGUGUGCUCCAGGUACUGAAGUUCAGCUUCGACCGUUUACCAUCUCCAUUACUUAAAAAGUGCUUCGCAUAUUGUGCCAUUUUCCCAGAGGAUGCAGAAAUAGAGAAAGAACGGCUCAUCCAACUUUGGAUGGCUGAAGGAUUCCUAAUAGAAAAUGAUGAAAAUGAUAUGGAGAGUUUAGGCAGUAGAGCUUAUGAUAUUUUGUUGCAAAACUCUUUCUUCCAGGAGACGGUAAGAGACAAGUAUGGCAAUAUCAAGCACUCGAAAAUGCACGAUUUGGUGCACAAUCUAGCAUGUUCAAUUUCAAAGGCAGAAAGUUUUGAUGUGAGAAAUUGCAAUGCGAAGAGCAUUCCUGGUCGGGUUAAAUAUCUGGCGAUGAGAACACUUAGUGACCAGGAAUCACACAAGAUGGAAAAAGAGAAUGCAAUUUAUUUGCGGGCUUUGUUUUUGGGUGAUAAGAUAAAUGACAGUGUGUUCCAUGAUUGCAAAAAUCUGCAUACUCUAGAUCUACAGGAGACAUAUAUUGAAGACUUGACACCCUCAAUUGCUAAGCUAAUACAUUUGAGGUUUCUUGACAUGUCUUCCACGAACAUCAGAGCUUUUCCAGAAUCAAUUUGUAAGCUUUACAAUUUGCAGACCUUGAGGGCAAUUUCAUGCAACGUCCUACGAGAGCUUCCAUGCCAACUGCAAAACUUAGUUAACUUGAGACAUUUCAUCAUUGAGAGUAUGGUCUCUACAACGUUCCAAAUGCCACUUAAAAUUGGAAGGCUAACUUGUCUUCGAACAUUAAAAUUCUUUAAUGUCGGCCAGGAGGAUGGUCGUCGAAUUGAAGAGUUGGGAUAUUUGAAAAACUUGAAAGGUGAACUUACCAUACGCAAUCUUGAACAUGUAAACGACAAAGAAGAAGCUGCUGGAGCAUGUCUCAUUGAAAAACCCAACAUACACAAGUUAGAGCUUGUGUGGAGUGGUUCGAGGGAAAGUGAUAACCUUAAUGAUGAGCUAGUGUUGGAAGGCCUUAAGCCUCAUUCAAACAUAAAAAGUUUAACCAUUAUGAGGUUUCAUGGGGAUAAUUUUCCAUCUUGGAUCAUGAGUAGGACAGUUGGUGAGGUAAUUCAGCUAGACAAAUUGAUUGAGCUCAAAUUGAUAGAUUGCGAAAGAUGCAUAGAAAUUCCGACACUAGGCCAUUUACCACGACUUAAAUUCUUAGUGUUGAGUGGACUGAAAAAUAUAAAAUCAAUAGGUCCUUCGUUUUACUAUCCUCGUAAUUAUGGCAUGGAUGAGUCAAGCAAAAGAAGGGAUAAACCUCCAUUUCCAUUACUGGAACGUUUCAUCCUACAUCAGAUGGCCAAUCUGGAAGAAUGGAUUGAAUCUUCCACUCAUAAUGCAUUUGGAGUUCUUAGUACUUUUCCACGCCUUAAAGUUUUGGAUAUUCAUGGUUGUCCCAAUAUGAGAGGUGCUCCGACCCAUGAGUUUCCUUGUCUUAAAAAACUAAAGAUUGUUGAGGCUGGAAAAGGUGGAGUAUUAUUGGAUAAGAUAUGCGGCAACAAUUUAAGCUCUCUCACGAGUUUGAUGCUCAGUUGUGUUUCAGAUCUCACUCAUAUUCCUCAAAGGCUAUUGUAUAACAAUCAAAGCCUUUCGGCACUAUGCAUUAUUAGUUGUCCUGGCCUAGUACAUCUUGAAUUGCAAGGCCAUGGUGUCGGGUCUCUUGAGUCUGUAUCUAUAUAUGAUUGCAAUAAACUCGAGUCAAUCAGAUACUCGAUACAUGGAGAAGGAAGUGGUAGUGACGGUCUCAGUUCUCUUCGAGGCUUGAUGAUUCUAGGUUGCCCUGAGCUGACUGAAGUUUCGAGUAAAAUGCUAGAGUCUUGUACCUCUCUUGAAUAUCUAGCAGUAAGCGAGUGCCAUAAUCUGGUCUCUUUUCCAGCAAGGUCUUGGAGAAUGUCACCGUGUUUAUCCUACUUGGAUAUUUCUCGAUGCCCGAAAUUGAGGAGUUUGCCAAAGGAUAGUCUCAAUUGUCUUUCCGGCUUAAGGGAGUUGUGCAUUGGUCCCUUCUCGAUAGAAGUGGGCUUCACGUCUUUUUGUGAGAUUUUUCAAGGCAUCCAACAACUACAUUCACUUACAACAUUAAGAUUAUACGGAUGGCCGCAGUUUGAGUCUCUGCCAAAUCAACUUCAACAUCUCACUACUCUCCGUUAUCUUGAAUUGUGUGAAUUUGGAAUGGAAGCUUUGCCUGAAUGGUUUGGAAACUUGUCAUCUCUGCAACAGUUGGAUCUUAAAAGAUGCAACAGGCUAAGACAUUUGCCCUCUAAGGAAGUCAUCCUUAGCCUCACCAAAUUAACAGAUUUAUACAUUACCGAAUGCCCGGUGUUAAGCCAGAGAUGCCAACAAGAUCAAAGCGAAUGGCACAAGAUUUCGCAUCUCCCUAGAUUCCGAUGCAUAAGGAAUUAAAUUGGCCCCGCUGAGCAAGGUCAUAGAUGAAUGAGUUUGAUGUUAUGUUAUUUUGGAGAUAUGAAAGAAGCCUCACAAAACCAGAGGUGAGUGGGGGGCGACUACGAAAAGAGCAAGAUUCGACUUAAUUUCAAUU